AUGGGAUUGUGUACUAGCAAAGAAGCUGUCAGUGAGAGUUCAGUAAGAAGAGUUCAUCCUUUGAAUAUGGAAAACAGUGUUGUUUUAACAAUUAAUUAUGCUAAGAUUCCAAAUAAAUUUAAACGAUUACCUUAAAAUAAAUCAUGUGGUUUAAUAGGGUUAUAAAAUUUAGGAAAUACUUGUUAUAUUAAUGCUGUAGAUACUUUGAUUUUAAUUUAAGGCUAUUUAAUGCCUAUCGAAUACAUAACCACUUACAGAAUAUUUUUAAUAGAAUCUUCACAAUCAUGAAUUGAAUGUAUAGAACCCAUUAUCAAGCAGAGGUCAAAUAACAAAUGCUUAUGCUAGAUUAAUAUGUUCACUUUGGAAAGAUUCAUAUUAAAAGAGUAUUAAUCCUAUAGAAUUGAUAUCUAUGAUUCAAUUAUGGAAUCCAUUUUUUGUUAUGAAUAGUCAAUAAGAUAGUCAUGAAUUAUUAGCAUACUUAUUAGAUAUGUUACAUGAAGAUUUAAAUAGAGUGAAAAUUAAGCCAUUUAUAGAAGAGAAAACAUUUGAUUAACAACCAAAUUAAUAAUAAGCAAAUAAAGCAUGGUCAGAUUAUUUAAAAAGAAAUAGAUCAAUAAUUGUAGAUUUAUUUUAAGGUUAAUCUAGAAAUAUGCUAUAAUGUAUGGUAUGUAAUACAAAAUCAUAUAAAUUUGAAACAUUUAUGUAUUUAAGCUUACCUAUCUAAUAAGAUGCUGAAUUAAUAUAAUGUAUAUCAGAAUAUUUGAAAGAAGAGGAAUUAGAUGAAGCAAAUUAAUGGUAUUGUUCAAAAUGUAAAUCUGUUUAGAAAAGUAAAAAAGGAAUAAAAUUAUGGAAAUUACCAAAUAUCUUAGUGAUUCAUCUAAAACGAUUUAAAUUUACAUCAAAUUAUCGUUGUAAAUUAAGAUAAUUAAUAAAAUUUCCAAUGUAUAAUUUAGAUUUAAGCAAUUAUUCAGAAUAAGAAUAAGCCACUUAUGAUUUAUAUGGAGUUAUUAAUCAUAGUGGUACAUUGCAUUCAGGUCAUUAUACAUCAAUUUGUAAAAAUAAAGAUACAUAGAAAUGGUAUAAUUUUGAUGACAUAAUAAUUAAAGAAAUUAAAGAAAAAGAAGUUUAAAGUAGUGAUGCAUAUUUGUUAUUUUAUUAUAAAAAUUCUGUAGAUUCAUAUGAAAGAUAAAGUGAAGUUAUGAGAUCAAGUUUAGUUAAUUCUUAAAUAUCACUAGCUAAAUAAAAUAGUGUUGUUUAAAGUAAUAAUUUAAUUAUACCGAAUACUAAAUUGUCAAUUAGUAAAUUAUGCGUAUCUGAAAAUGAUUAAUAAUUAACUACCCCUUAAAUAUUUGGAAAGAAAAAAAGUCUUAAAACAAACAAAUUAACACCACUUCCUAUCAAAAAACCAGUAUUUUUUGAAUCUGAUAAUUAAAAGAUAUAAUGA